CUCUGGUGUUAGCUGUGAGUUUGAAGAGAACCCUUGUGACUCAGAACCUUGCCUGAAUGGAGGUGAAUGCAAGGGGUCUCAAGAAUUUUUGCAUUGUGAAUGUAGCACAGGUACCACUAUUAAUGUGGCUAUUCAAUAAAGUUUUACAUAGUUUUACGUACAAUUAUAUGGUUUGAAAAUGUAAUCUAUGUUAAGUUUUGGCCAGUAGAAUGAACAAUAUGUAAGAAAGGACUGAAAACCAAUUUAGAAAGAAAACGAUACCAAAGCUUGUGAUACCAACAAUAUUUAAUUCAAUUUUAAAUUAAAUUACUAUAAAAAUACAAAAUUAAAUAUGCAGAAACAAAAACUAUGCCAACUUACAGCACAGCAGUGAAAAGGUCCAAUCCUCAAAAAAUAUAAAUAAUAAUUUACACAUACACACAUAAAGAGUACAAUCUUGCAAUUUUAAAAUGUGUCAUAUAUGUCUUAGGAAAUAUGGAACAAAUCUCUUUUUUUUCUGGUAGGAAUCAAAUCAAAACCAUCCAGAAAAGAAAUCUAGAGAUUAUGUCACCUGAUAGCAUUCUUUAAAACAAAGGAGACAAGUGGUGGUGGCCAUAACGCUUAAAUUAGGUCUACACACAUGCCUUUACACAUAUGCAGCUGUUUCUUUCAACAUAUAUUAAUCGGGUUGUCAAUGGAAACUUUACUAUUCUAUUGGAAUUAGCACAGUGAAUAUAUUUUUUAAAGCCAGAAAUGACGGGGUGCACUUAUAUCACUGAAAGCACACUACUGCUACUGUUACAGAUUUUUUACAAUUGGUAAAAAUAAAGAAAUAUUUGUAAAGAUGUUAAGUUCUUAAUAAUAAGAAGCCCAAUGGUUUCCCUUUGUGCUUUGUAUGAUUAUGAUUAAACAAAUAUUUCAAAAGCUGUUUUCAGCACUCAGGGCUUUGUGUUUUCCUUUCCUAAAAUUGAAUCUUUAAUUUUGGUAUAAAUACCAUGUCUUUCAUCAAAGUAAAUCGUUUGUCAUUUGCACUAAGGCUACACAGGAGAAAGAUGUGAGACUAAGAUUGACAGCUGUGAACCAAUGCCUUGUUAUAUCUUGGGGACUGAGAGCUGUGAAGGGGAGAGCCUGUCAUACCACUGUAAAUGUUUGCCUGGUUGGGAAGGUAAUGGUAUUUAUUGA